AUGGCAUUUAAGCGCGUGAGGGAAUAUGUCUCGCAUCCAUAUGAGCACCCUGGUGAGGGUAAGCUUGUCCGGAAACUUGAUUUCUUCAUCCUGACCUUCUGCUGUCUGAUGUAUUUCACAAAUUAUCUGGACCGGUCCAAUCUAGCAAACGCAUAUGUAAGCGGCAUGAAAGAGGACUUGAAGUUCAAGGGCAAUCAAUUCAACCUUAUUAAUACUAUAUUUACUGUCGGAUAUAUUCUUGGGGCCAUACCGUCUAACCUCGCCCUCUACCAUCUCAAACCCCGCAUCUUCUUUCCGCUCAUGAUGCUCAUCUGGGGCGCCCUCACUAUGGUCACAGCAGCGGCCCAACACCCUAGGGAUAUAAUGGCCAUUCGCUUUUUCCAAGGCCUGGCCGAGUCCUCUACUUUCGUUGGGACGCACUAUAUCCUCGGCUCCUGGUACACAGCCCGGGAGCUCGGAAAACGCAGUGGUAUUUUCACAUCAUCUGGUCUCGCAGGAACCAUGUUCGGCGGCUUUCUGCAAACAGCAAUCCACUCCUCGCUAGACGGUGCAAAAGGGCUCAGCGGCUGGCGCUGGCUCUUCAUUAUCGACGGUUUGAUCACGAUCCCCAUCGCGCUCUAUGGCCUCUUCCUCUUCCCCGACACACCGUCCACAACAUCCGCAUUCUACCUCACGUCCUCAGAACGCGCACUAGCCAUAUCUCGCGUCCCAGAAGUUCCCGAACGGAGACCCUGGAAUUUGGCGUUCGUCAAGCGCGUGUUCACGAGCUGGUAUUGGUAUGGUUUUGUCAUGUUGUGGAUUAUAGCUGGAGAAACGGAAUCCUUUUCCUCGAAUUCAUUGCUGUCGAUUUACAUGAAAUCUACGAAAAAAUACACCGUUGCACAGCUUAACAACUACCCCACUGGUGUACCGGCCGUCGGAAUCAUAUCCACGCUUCUCUGGGCUACUCUGACCGAUUUCCUCGGCGGCAAGCGGUAUCUGGUUGGAUAUUGGAUCGCCGUUACGGGGAUCGUGACUUCGGCGAUGAUUUUGAAUCCUGGCGCUAGUGUCGCGAGCAAGUUCGGGGCGUUUUAUUGGGCUGGUAGCGUGUAUGCUUGCCAGGCGACGUUCUUUGCAUGGGCGAAUGAUGCGAUGCGAUAUGAGGAGGAUAGUUUGAGGGCUGUGGUUAUUGCGAGUAUGAAUACAGGGAGUAAUGCCGUGAAUGCCUGGUGGUCCCUGUUGUUUUAUACGGCGGAUAUGGCACCCAAGUUUACGAAAGGCAUGUGGGCUAUGAUUGGGACUUGCAUUGCGUUAGCACUCUGGACGAGCGGAUUGUUGUAUAUGACGGAUAAGGCGGAGAAGAAGAGGCUCGUUGAAAUUACCAGUGAGAAUGUGGUGGUGGAGAAGAACUUUGAAGCUUCAGCGGGUGAGGACGUCAAUGUAUGA